ACACAAAGGGGUGGUCACUCUGCCCUCACCUUGACCUGUAUGUUGCCUAGGACAGUGGUCUGGUCCCGGGGGCUAUUGUGGGAAGUUGAAGAACACCCUGGCCUCCUCCAUCAUGUCGGCCAAGAGGGCAGAACUGAAGAAAACACAUCUGUGCAAGAACUACAAGGCAGUUUGCCUGGAAUUGAAGCCAGAGCCGACCAAAACAUUUGAUUACAAAGCAGUUAAACAAGAAGGGCGGUUUACCAAAGCAGGAGUGACACAGGACCUAAAGAAUGAACUCAGGGAAGUGAGAGAAGAGCUCAAGGAGAAAAUGGAGGAGAUAAAACAGAUAAAGGAUCUAAUGGACAAGGAUUUUGAUAAACUUCACGAAUUUGUGGAAAUUAUGAAGGAAAUGCAGAAAGAUAUGGAUGAGAAGAUGGACAUUUUAAUAAAUACACAGAAGAACUAUAAGCUUCCCCUUAGAAGAGCACCAAAGGAACAGCAGGAACUCAGGCUGAUGGGAAAGACUCACAGAGAACCACAGCUCAGGCCCAAGAAAAUGGAUGGAGCCAAUGGAGCACCCUGUGCUCUUCACAAGAAGACGAUGGCACAAAAGAAACAGGGCUCACUGGAUCCUCUUCAUGAGUGCGGGCCCUGCAGUGAGAAAUGUUUGUUGUGUGCUCUAAAGAACAACUACAAUCAGGGGGAACCUUCCUUCAGAGGCCUCAGCCCUUUACAAAGGUGGAGAGGAGCCAGUGACCACCCAACCUUCUGUGGGCCACACUGCGCCUGCCCCAAAGUCCCAGACUGAGGGAAGGUGAAGCUUAACUGCCAGCUUGAAAUGAGAGUAAAGAAGAUACAGAACAAACAGUGUUUCAGAAACUGUCCUGCCCUCGGUGUGAUUCUUUGGCUUCAAUUUGAAAGAGGAGGAAUUAUGGGAUUUCAUAUUUUAUUUCACACUAGUUCCUCCUUGUUUCAUCUCUUUGCUAAGCUGGCUGCUUCUACCAUCUAAUAAAUAACUGGACAAGUU